UGUAUUUCCAUUUUAGGUUUAUUUUAUUUACCAUUCUUUCUUUCUUUCUUUUUUUCUUUUUUCUUUUUUCUUUUUUUUUUUUUUUUUCUGACAGUCUUUCUAUGUAUCCCAGGCUGACUUGACUCGCUGGGUAGCCCAGGUUGGCUUUGAACUUACAUCCCAGUGCUGGGAAUACAGGCGCUGGAACUAGCAGUGGGGAAAAGAUGGAGGAGACAAACUUGAGGAGACGGAGAGAGGACGAGAAAUCCAUCCAGAGCAAUGAACCCAAGACCACAAGUCUCCAGAAAGAGGUGGGCCUCAUCAGUGGCAUCUGCAUCAUUGUGGGCACCAUCAUCGGCUCCGGCAUCUUCAUCUCCCCCAAGUCUGUGCUGGCCAACACAGAAUCUGUGGGGCCCUGUCUCAUCAUAUGGGCAGCCUGUGGAAUCCUGGCUACUCUGGGUGCCCUGUGCUUUGCAGAGCUCGGCACCAUGAUCACCAAGUCGGGGGGUGAGUACCCCUACCUGAUGGAGGCCUUUGGCCCCAUCCCCGCCUACCUUUUCUCCUGGACCAGCCUGAUCGUCAUGAAGCCUUCCUCCUUCGCCAUCAUUUGCCUCAGCUUCUCGGAGUACGUGUGUGCAGCGUUUUACUCAGGCUGCAGCCCUCCGAAUGUGGUCGUGAAACUCCUGGCAGCCGCCGCCAUUAUGCUCAUCACUACAGUGAAUGCGCUGAGCGUGCGGCUUGGGAGCUACGUUCAGAACUUCUUCACGGCAGCCAAGCUGGUAAUCGUCGCCAUCAUCAUCAUCAGCGGACUGGUCUUCCUGGCCCAAGGAAGCACGAAGAACUUUCAGAAUUCUUUUGAGGGGGCGCAGACCUCUGUGGGCGCCAUCAGCCUGGCAUUUUACAACGGACUCUGGGCCUAUGAUGGGUGGAAUCAACUCAACUAUAUCACUGAGGAGCUUAGAAACCCUUACAGAAACCUGCCCAUGGCCAUUGUCAUUGGCAUUCCUCUGGUGACAGUGUGUUACAUCCUCAUGAAUAUUUCCUACUUCACGGUGAUGACUCCAACAGAGCUGCUGCAGUCCCAGGCCGUGGCUGUGACCUUCGGUGACCGCGUUCUCUAUCCUGCAUCCUGGGUGGUCCCCCUUUUCGUGGCCUUUUCAACCAUUGGUGCUGCUAAUGGAACCUGCUUUACAGCAGGCAGGUAG